AUGGCAAGCUUUCGAAUGCCAGACGAGUCCGAACAGCAUGCUGCUACAUGGAUGGUGCUAAAGGCAUCCAAGGCCAUCUGGGGUGGUGAUCUUGCACCCUACGUUGAGAAGGACCUGGUAGAGAUCGCCAAGACGAUCGCCAAGUAUGAACCGGUCAAAGUUCUCGUCGCGGCAAAGGAUCGCCCACGGCUCGGCCGACUCUUGGAGGGCGCGGAGAACAUCGAGGUGCUUGAGGCAGAAGCGGACGACCUUUGGGUCCGUGACUCGGGUCCCGUCUUCACUGUCAGCGAAGCCGGGGUACUCCGGGCCGUGAAGUUCAACUUCAACGGUUGGGGCAAGAAGCAGAGGCAUUCUCUGGAUAACCAGCUUGCGAAGAAGAUCGCCGAUCUUGCUGGUGUCGAGCUUCUCACAUCUUCUCUCGUCCUGGAGGGUGGUGGGAUCGAGGUCGACGGGGAUGGAACUGCCAUAAUUACGGAGAGCUGCGUUCUGAACGUCAACCGGAACCCAGGCGUGACGAAAGAAGCAGCCGAGUCUGAAUUAAAGUCCCUCCUGGGCCUUCAGAAGAUCAUCUGGUUGCCUGGAAUUGCCGGAAAAGACAUCACCGACGGGCACACCGACUUCUACGCGCGCUUCGUGAAGCCCGGCACCGUGGUGGCAGCCCUUGACCCCGACCCCCGGUCCUUCGACAAGGCCGUGACGGAGAGGCACCUGGCCCUCCUGCAAGAGGCAAGCGAUGCGAAAGGCCGGAAGAUCGAGGUAGUCCCGCUUCCUGUGCCAUCCAAGGUAAGGAGGAAGUCGGAAGACUUUGCUGCUGGCUAUGUGAACUUUUACGUCACGAACGGAGCGGUUCUGGUACCAGAGUUCGGUGAUCCUGUGGCCGAUGGGCAGGCUAUGAAACUGCUGCAGCGAUUAUUUCCCGGGAGAGUUGUGGAGCAGCUGAAUAUCGACAAUGUGGCAGAGGGUGGGGGAGGAAUCCACUGCGUGACCCAGCAGCAGCCCGCAGGCGUCUCAUGA